AUGUCAUUGAUGAAUCAAGAUGGGGACUGCUGUUGUACGGUGGACUUGAUUGAUUUCUCGAGUGGUGGUUGCAAUAGUGAAUCAUAUCAAGAUCCAAUGAUCGGAAUGUUGAAACAAAAAUUUAGAUCACCAAAGCGAAUUGCCUUCUCCAACAAAUUUGAACAAUUCAAAAGUAUUGAAUUAGAAGGUGAUGAUGUGUUUGAUGUUAGGAUUUCUCGGUCCUGCUCAUUGAUAAUUGCCGUUAACAACAACUGUUUUGUUUUUAUAGAUUAUGAAACAUUGGAAAUCAAGCGACAAGUAGAAACUGAAGAAGAAUGCAUGUAUUUCGAACUUGAGGAAGAUUAUGAUUAUUGUGGAAAUGAUGCCUUGUUGAUUAAUUACAAUAGGAGUGUUUCGAAAUAUGAUUUGAAACAAUUUAUUACAGAAGGGGAGAGUUGUAAACCCAUUUGGACCUAUUGUACAGGCAUUGUUACAAGCCAACCUGUUAGUGUGAUGAUUUUGGAUGGAAAAAAAGUUGUGGUCUUUAAUGAGGAUAGCUGUAUGGCCUUUCUUGAUACCAAGAUAGGAACAAAGCUAAUAGAGUACACUAUCAAAUUGGAGGGCUCUAUUUCUGGAUGCAUUGAACCUGAUCGUAGGAAACCAAACACUCUUUAUCUCUUCGUGAAGGAAAUGAUGAGAUUUGAAUAUGAGAAUGGGAAUUGGAAAAGUACCUCAUUUACUACCGAUCAUAGUAAUAUUGAUGGAUUAUGCAUGGAUAGAGUUUCUGGUGUUCUUUAUUUUAGUGGAUAUUGUGAGACCAAAUGGAGCAUUUCUGCAUAUACAACUUCUGGAACAUUUAUUGGAACACAUUAUGUCAUUUGUGGUGGUUUUUGCAUUGACGAGAGAACAGGAUUAAUGUACAUGGCAGAAUCGAACAAGAUUUCAAUUGUGAAAUAA